UUAUAUUUACAUUGACAGAGAAAAACAUGAAUCGAGAGUAUUCAAACUGGUCUACUAAACAACUCUCAAAUUCUUCUUAAAAUUUGUCCCAUUUCACGAGAUACGUGGCACUACUUCAUUAACCUCAUUUUCAUACAAUAUUAGUAGCUUCUUUCCCUUCUAAAGUUUGUGACUAAUUUAACUUCAUUUAUUGUAAUAAAAAUAGGUUCGGAAACAGGUUAAACCAAGAAACAAAUAGAACACACCCUUGCUGUCACCACUAGUUUAUUAAUAAGUGAAUGUGUAUUUCAUUCCUUUCUUAUUUCUAUUGCUCCCUGCGAAGAGUAAAUAACAAUGAUUAAUUACUUCUUGUAUACCCUCAUAAAGAUCCUUUUUUCCAAAGAUAUAUGAUUUCUUGCUACCAACCUCCAUUGCAUUUGUAUAAAUUGAUACCGCUAAUAUUCUCUUCAUCUCAUUCUAUUGCUUAACCAUUAGGAGUUGGAGAAAUGGGAUCUCUGGCUAUACUUUUUGUCUGUUUAGUUUCAUUAUCAGGCGCAAAAGCUUAUAGCAACAUUGGUGUGAACUAUGGCGUGCUUGGGAAUAAUCUACCAUCUCCAUAUCGGUCCAUUGAAUUACUAACAAUAAUGAAAGCGGCCCGUGUGAAGCUCUACGACGCUAACCCGGAUAUUUUAAGGCUUUUAUCAACCACAAAGCUCAAAGUUUCCAUUAUGAUCCCAAACCAUGAAAUCUCAGGGAUUGCUGCAAACCAAAGCAUAGCAGAUGAAUGGGUGAGGAACAAUGUAGUUCCUUUCUACCCCAAAACCAUGAUUCGCUUCUUGCUUGUGGGAAAUGAAGUGCUAAGCUACAAUUCAGAACAAGGACACAAAAUGUGGCAUGAUCUUGUCCCAGCAAUGAGAAGCAUUAAAAGAUCUCUAAAAUCUCUGAACAUCAGAGACAUCAAAAUUGGCACCCCAUUAGCCAUGGAUGUUUUACAAUCAACCUUUCCACCUUCACGCGGCACAUUCCGAUCCGACAUUAGAGACAGUGUGAUAGUACCAAUGCUCAAGUUCUUAGACAGAACUAAAUCAUUUUUCUUCAUUGAUGCAUACCCAUAUUUUCCAUGGUCACAGGACCCAAACAAUAUUAACCUCGAUUUCGCUCUGUUCAGGGGAAAUUUCACCACAAGAGACCCUGGUAGUGGCUUAUUAUAUAGCAACCUGUUAGACCAAAUGCUUGAUUCCCUCAUCUUUGCCAUGUCAAAACUCGGGUACACAAACAUCCAACUCGUAAUAUCAGAAACAGGAUGGCCAAACUCGGGCGACAUUGAAGAACCAGGUGCAAACAUUUUCAAUGCACCUACAUACAAUCGCAAUCUCAUUCAAAGAAUGACAACAAAACCACCAAUUGGAACCCCAGCUAGACCCGGGGUCACCAUACCAACCUUCAUCUUCUCACUUUUCAAUGAAAAUCAAAAGCCAGGUCCAGGAACAGAGCGACACUGGGGUUUGUUAGAGACAGACGGAACCCCAAUUUAUGAUCUUGACUUAACAGGGAAAAAACACAUCACAGAUUUUGCAUCAUUACCAGCUCCAGAGAAUAAUGUACCAUUCAAAGGAAAGGUGUGGUGUGUUGCGGCCAAAGGAGCAAAUGAAAUAGAACUGGCAUCAGCUUUGUCCUAUGCCUGCAAUGAAGUAAACAUGACUUGUGAAGCACUUUCACCAGGAAAUGAAUGCUAUGAACCAGUUUCAGUCACAGACCAUGCAAGUUAUGUGUUUAGCACAUUUUGGGCUAAGUUUAAAACAACCGGAGCCACUUGCUAUUUCAAUGGAUUGGCUGAACAAACAACCAAAGACCCUAGUCGACCUUUUUGCAAAUUUCCAAGCGUUACAAUCUAGAUACACAAAGGUUUAUGGUUCAUCAAAGAAAGACUCCUUUGAAUUGGGGGGGGGGGGAAA